AUGUGUGGUCUAGAUGGACAUGGUGGCCGCGGGCCGUCCUCUUACCCGCUACGGGCACCUGUCCCCGUCGGGAAGAGAGCCAACAAGCUGUACAGAGACCGCACGGCGAACUUCUACUCGCCAGGACAAUGGGAGAAGGUCAAUCUGCUCUCCAUGAUGCACUUCGCAGUCCGCUCCGACCCCUCAGUCAUCGCCCUCUCAGUAUGGCACAGCCCAGGCCUCACCCGCCCCCCCUUCGCCGACGCAACAGCCUCCUCAAACGACUACACUCCCUCCAAAGUAGGCGACGCAUUCGGUCCGUCCUGGUCAACGCACUGGUUCCGCGUCCGCGUCACGAUCCCAGAGGACAUGCGGCAGAUGGACCACCUCGAACUCCACUGGGACUGCAGCAACGAGGCAACAGUCUGGACCUCGAACGGCGAGCCCCUGCAGGGCCUCACGGGCCGCGGCGAGCGUAUAGAGUGGAUUCUGCCCCAGGAGUUCAAGGACGGGGAGGAGCAUGUCUUCUAUCUGGAGAUGGCGUGUAAUGGGAUGCUGACCAACGCGGCGGGCGAGCCGAUUUUCAAGAAUAACGCCAACGGGGACGCGAUUCAACCUCCCGACCCGAAUAAGAUCUUCACAUUGACGAAAGCCGAGAUUGUAGGCGUGGAUUUGCAGGCCAGGGCGUUGCAUGCGGAUAUCACCGUUAUCCACCAGGCGGCGGAGGAGUUCCCCGAGGACUCCUGGGAGCAGCACGAGGCGCUGAACGUUGCGACGAGGAUCAUUAACACCUUCCGGGUCGGUGAUCGGGCCUCGAUUGUGGCGAGUAGGAAGAUUGCGGAGGAGUAUUUGGGGCCUGAUGUUGACUCGGCAAAGGUGUUUGAUGUCGGCAGCGGUGGAAAGGGGGCGAGUGUGUACGCUAUCGGGCAUUGUCAUAUUGAUACGUGCUGGUUGUGGCCUUGGGAGGAGACGAAGCGCAAGGUUGCGAGGUCGUGGUUGAACCAAUGCGAUUUGAUGGAUCGGUAUCCCGAGCUGAACUUUGCCUGCUCGCAGGCUCAGCAGUUCAAAUGGCUCAAGCAAUUCUACCCCCACGGCUGGACCCGCGUCAAGUCCAAAGUCGCAGCCGGCCAGUUCCACCCCAUUGGCGGCUGCUGGGUCGAGCACGACACCAACAUCCCGAGCGGCGAGUCGCUGAUCCGGCAGUUCCUCUUUGGCCAGCGCUUCUUCGAGAGUAAUUUUGGCCGGCGCUCGACGACGUGCUGGCUGCCGGAUACCUUUGGCCAGUCGAGCCAGAUGCCGCAGCUGUGUCGGCAGGCCGGGAUGAACCGGUUCCUGACGCAGAAGAUUUGCUUUAAUAAUAUGAAUGAGUUUCCUCAUACUACGUUUAACUGGGUUGCUCUUGAUGGGAGCCAGGUUAUUUGUCACAUGCCACCCGCAAAGACAUACUGCGCCAACGCGACGUUUGGUGAUGUGAAGCGCAGUAUGACGCAGCACAAGUCUCUAGACCAAGACCACACCUCUCUUCUAGUCUUCGGCAAAGGCGACGGCGGCGGCGGCCCAACCCGUCCCCAACUCGAAUCCCUCCGCCGCCUCCGCGGCCUCGCCGACACAACGGGCCUCCUCCCGCGCGUCCACUCCGGCGGCACCCCAGACGACUUCUUUGACCGCCUCGAGAAGAAGGCGCAUACGUUCCCCACGUGGCACGGCGAGCUGUACUUUGAGCUGCAUCGCGGGGUGUACACCACGCAGGCGCAGACGAAGCUGAAUAACAGAAAGGCGGAGAUUCUUUUAAGGGAUGUGGAGCUGUUGGCGACGAUUGCGUCUGUGGAGGAUAGGGGGUAUAGGUACCCCAAGAAGGAGUUGGAUGAGAUGUGGGAGGGGGUGCUGCUUUGUCAGUUUCACGAUUGCCUUCCUGGGACCGCUAUUGGGAUGUGCUAUGAUGAUUCGGAUAAGGUUUAUGCGAAUGUUUUCAGCAUCGGCAGCACGCUGUUGAGAGACAUUUACAGCGUUCUCAAGAUCAACGACAUCAGCGAGACCCCAACCGAAUCCGAGAGACUGGUAGCCCUCAACACUCUAGGAUGGCCUCGACAAGAGGUCCUCACCAUCAACGGCAAAGACUUCAUCGCCAACGGCACCGGAACCCUCAUCGCCACCCAAGAAAUCACCCAACCAGAAACCAGCAAGCCCCUCGUAACAGUUCAAGAAGUCUCUGAAGGCAUCUUCGUCCUCGAAAACAGCCACUUUACAGUAACAGUCGAAUCCGGCACAAUCACCUCCCUCCUCGACCGCCGCGCCGCCAACCGCGAGGUUCUAGCCCCCGGCAGCGGCAGGGCGAACCAGCUCGUCAUUUUUGACGAUAAGCCGAUUUACUGGCAGGCGUGGGACGUGGAGGUGUUCCACCUCGAGACGCGGGAGGAGGUGCGCGGCGGGCGGACGAGUGUGCUGGAGGCGUCGCCUUUGAGGGUGAGUGUUGUUACGGAGACGCGGAUUAGUGAGGUUAGUUCUGUGAGGACGGUGAUUAGUCUUGCUGCGGUGGUUGAUGGGAGCGCGAGUGCGGGUGUGGGCGUGGAGUGUACUGCGGAAGUCGACUGGCAUGAGACGAUGAAGUUUCUCAAGGUCGAGUUCCCGGUCGAUGUGCGGCAUCAUGAAGCGUCGUACGAUACGCAGUUUGGGGUUAUUCGGCGGCCGACGCACUACAACACGUCCUGGGACAUGGCCAAGUUCGAAGUCUGCUGCCACAAGUACGCGGACCUCUCGGAGUACGGGUACGGCGUGUCGAUCCUCAAUGACAGCAAAUACGGCUUCGCGACCGUCGGCAGCACGAUGAGGCUGUCGCUCCUGCGGUCGUCUAAGGCGCCUGAUGAUAACGCCGACAUGGGGCGGCAUACGAUCCGGUGGGCGAUUUUGCCUCACCGGGGUCCGUUGGGGCCGGAGACCGUGAGGGCGGCGUAUGAGUUCAAUAAUCCGCUCAAGGUUGUCUCUGCGUCUGCGGGUUCCCAUUUGUUGAAGGCGGGAGGUGGUGCUGGAGGGUUCCCGGUUACGUUGACGGGGGAUGAGAAUCUGGUGCUGGAUACGGUGAAGCGCGGCGAGGAUGAUGAGGAUGUCGGGGAUGGCGAAUUGCCUGUCCGUGGUGGGCGGAGCGUGAUUGUGCGGGUGUAUGAGAGUUUGGGGGGACGCGGACGAGGGAGGGUGGCGACGAAGUGGGCUGUGAAGAGCGUGUAUAAGACGAAUCUGCUGGAGGACGACGAGGAGGAUGUUCGUGUUGAGGAUGGCGGGUUCGAGGUUGACCUUGGGCCGUUUCAACUGCAGACGUAUCGACUUCAGUUGGUGGAUUAG